CAUCACGGAGCCGCUUCCAUCAUAGAACCGGGCUCGUAUCUGACCUCUUCAAUGCUUUACGGCCGUUGCUGAUGCACCUUCAAAUAUAAGACUUCAGCCUCCUCCCCCAGUCUGUCUACUUCUACAACCUGGCCUGCUCAAUUCCAUUGUCCAAUUCCUGCUUGUCAUCCUACGCCGCGGCCUUGUCCCCCAUCUCCUCCGGAGCCAAAAUGCCCGAAUACCUCUCAAGCGUCUGGAAAGACAACCUCUUCGCCGGCAAGGUCGUCUUCUGCACCGGCGGCAACGGCAGCAUCUGCUCCGGCCAGGUCCGCGCCCUCGUCCACCUAGGCGCCGACGCCUGCAUCGUAGGCCGCAACACCGAAAAGACGGAGCGUGUAGCCAAGGACAUCGCAACCGCCCGAACCGGCAGUAAAGUCCUGGGCAUCGGCGGCGUGGACGUGCGCAGCGUCGAGAGCCUACAGAAGUCAAUAGACACCUGCGUCAGUGAACUAGGCGGCAUCGAUUUCCUCAUUGCCGGCGCCGCAGGCAACUUCCUCGCUCCCAUCGCCCAACUCUCCCCCAACGCCUUCAAGACAGUAAUGGACAUCGACGUGAUGGGCUCCUACAACGUGACCAAAGUGGCACUCCCACACCUCGUGGCCUCAGCGAAGAAACACAACUCGACGUCAACGCUGCCCAAAUCAGCAUCCGCGGGACCAGGAGGUCGCAUCAUCUACGUCUCCGCCACGAUCCAUUAUACCGGCCUCCCCAUGCAGACGCACGUGGCCGUCGCCAAAGCCGGCAUCGACGCACUCUCCGCAAACGUCGCUAUCGAGUAUGGACCCCUGGGCCUGACGUCCAACAUCAUCGCCCCUGGCCCCAUCGCCGGCACAGAAGGCAUGGACCGGUUGUCCAAGAAACACUUCUCAGGCGACUCGCCUGGCAAGAAGAUUCCCGUGGGUAGAUGGGGCUUGGUCAAAGAAAUCGCCGAUGCGACAGUGUACUUGUUCAGUGAUGCCGCCAACUAUGUGACUGGUGACAAACUGGUUGUGGAUGGCGGCUCGUGGCAUACAAGCUCUGGCUCGCCCGGUGGUGACUUUGAGUAUCCCGACUUCAUCCUCUCGGGCGCCGAAGUCACUGGCGUCGGCGGCGGCAAGAGAAAACAGCCUUCGUCAAAGCUGUAGAUACGACCCCAGAGACGAGACGUUUGAUGCGCAUACUUGGGAUUUGUAAAAGCGAUAUAGCCACCUUCUUAUGACGAAGGCAUGGCGAUUUUUUGGCGUUCAGGGAUACAUGGCGCCAAAAUGCUACGACAGAGGAAGCAAUUGGAUUAUCAGAUCUAUGGGCGGGAUUGACCUAGACACUGCUUCAAGCAUGCAAUUGAUUAUU